AUGGAUUAUGUCAAUAAUUAUACUACUACUUAUAGUAGUAUUAGUAGUAGUAGUAUUACUAAUGAUUCCUCUGAUCGUAAUUCUAUAUGUAGUCAAUUUCUAUUGAAUGUACAAUUAUUUGAUAAUAAUAAUAAUAAUAAUAAUAAUAAUAAUAAUAAUAAUAAUAAUAAUAAUAAUAAUAAUAAUAAUAAUAAUAAUAAUGAGACGAUACGGUUUAAUGAUUAUAAAUAUGGAGAAUUUUCAUCCUUUUGGGCACCAGUUCAAUGUGAAUCUAAUUCAAUCAUACCAACAGUUUUACGAUAUUUUAUAUAUACAAAAGAAAAAAGGUAA